AGUUCAGUUCCACAAUAACUUCAUAAGAAUACGGAUCAUAGAUCAUACAUAGAAAAACCUAUUUUAUAAACAAAUUUCCUUUGUAGUUUUUCAAGUGUUUUCAAAAUGUCGAAAAUUUAUCUAAAGGCGAUGGAGGAGGUGGUGCAGCGCAACGUGGACAAUACAAACAGGAUUUCCGAACAGGCUCAAGGAUACGUCGUGUCGGAGAAUGCAACGGAUAGUCUCCUGCACACAUCCUUCGAUUUAACUACGGCCCAGGGAAUUGUUAAGCAUCUGCACGCUAGUUUCUUAAAGCUAGCCCAGAGUUGCGUUCGUGAUUUGAAUCCCGAGGAUAAGCUGUGCUUUCUGCGCGUGCGCACCCGUAAGCACGAAUUUCUUGUUGGUCCUGAGGAAAACUUCACCGUGACCGUGGUGUUGUAAGCCCCAUGCCAUUGAUGGGUUAAGACAGGGUGAAUAUUGUUGCUCGAAAGUUGCAAAAAGGAAAGAAAACACUUGGACACCUACAUGAUGCUACUGCUGUCUCACUUACUCUUUGCUGAUGUUGUUGAAGAUCGCCGCAAAUCUCUAACCCCCCGAAAAAACUAAACGAGCCAUAAAAUUAUGAACAGAACAUUUAUGCGUGUGACCGGCCAAACUAAAUUAUGUUUAUUAUGUAAUUAAGAUGUUGGCAGAGAUGCCGAAUGUCGGCCAUUAAAACAACCACGAAGCGGGCAAAAAUCCGCAAAAAGCGGAAAA